UAGAUAAUUGAAUGUCAAAUGUUUAUUUUCUCUCUUUUCAUAUAAAUUUGGUUUAAUCGAAAAAAACAUUAUUGUUUAUGUGUAUGUUUGUCUAAUUUUUCCAUCAAAAUGUAAGUUAUCAUUCAAUUUUAGUAAAAAUGAGUAAAAAAAUUUACUUCAUAAGGUUUAAUCAGAUAUUUUUUAUUUAAACAAAUGUGGUGUAUGUUACUUUCUGUUUUCUUAUUUAUAUUUUUUUUACUGGAAAAAAAUAAUUAUUUAUGUGUGUUUGGUUAAGUUUAUCAACAUGUAACCUACUAUUAAAGCAAAAAAAAAGGUCAAAAGAAAUGGAAAUAUUAAAAGAGAGAGAGAGGUAGCUCCAUAAAUACAUUAAUAACUAUUUUUUUUGUUUGUAAAAAAGUUGCCAACUUGGCAAAUUGUGAAUCCUCCAAGUACUUAUGUGGCAAGAAAUUGAUUUUGAGUUGCCAUAAUAUAUAGUAUAGAUAGAUAGAUUGUUACCACUACGAUAAGCACCCUAGCCCUAUUACAUGCGCCAUGGAUGGUGGUUGCAGCGUGCUGAGCAUUAAAUUUUGGGUGUGGCUAUCUCUGUUACAUUAGAGAUGAAACAGCCAUGUGGCCAACUUAAUUAAUACUCCGUGUCAUCUUUCAUGUAUAUAUAUAUAUGGAUGAUGAUUGAAUGAUGAUUUAGUAUCCGUGUUCAUGAUGUCUUGUUGAUCGGUUUGCAAACGUGAUCCGUUUUAUCUCUCUAUAGGUUUGUGUUUCGCAUUCUUGAUUUUUUUAGCCAAUACUUUCAAAACAAUGCCAAUUAAAGACUUUUUUCUCUGGACGCUCUGAUGAAAGAAAUGUAUAAAAAGUUUUAACAAGGUGAUCUUAUGUAGCCAAUUAAUUAACCACAAGAUCACUUUGUUUUGUGAUUUUGUUUGAGUUAAACCGCAUAAAUUCUUAGAGUAAUCUUGUUGCCGCUUUUAAGACAUCUAGAUGUAGGUUUAGACAAUUAGGUUGGGCAGUUAAGUAUUAGCACUCUUCAAUAUGAUCUUUUUUAUGGUCCAAUAUAAUUAAUCACUUUGUUUGAAUUUUCACUUGUGGGUUUAUUCUCUUUUCUUAGAAACUUGUGGUAGCUAGGCAUCAUUACAUAUAGUUGGAAAUAGGGAUGACAAUUAAACCCAUGGUCGCGGGUACCCGACCGCCCCCGAUCCAGUCAACGCGGGGAAUCCCUGCUUUGACCGGGUAUGGGGCGGGUAUGGGUAAAACCCGCAAAAAGUUUGAUGGGUAUGGGGCGUGUAUGGUUUUAGCCUCCCCCGCCCCAUACCCAUACCCAUACCCGCCCCACCAAGAGAAUUUCUUCACAUAUAAAAAAAUAUGUGGAUUAAAUUGUAAUCUAUCAAUGAUGAUGAUGAUAACUCGAGAAAAUUGUAGAAAUGCAAUUGAGUAACCACCUUAAUCAAAACCCAAUUCAUUUCCCUCAAAUCUCCUUCCACUCUUUCACUUUCUCCCAUGUCAACAAGAUUAUGUUAGUUAAUUAUUAUUUAAUAAAUGUAUCAAGAGUUAGAGCAUAAUAAUUUAAAAAAUAUUGUAGUUUAUAUUAUGUAUUAAUGGAUGUUUUAGGAUCAUAUUCUUUGAAUCGUAUUUAGAAAAUGACCGUGUUUUGUUGACUUCAUGAUAUAAUAGGUUUGUUUAUGGUUAUAAUUAAAACUUUUCUUGUAAGUUUUAGGUAUAAUAAUGUUGGAUGUACGGGGAUGGGUAUUACCCAUGGGUACCCGAAACCCACGGGUACGGGGAUGGGUUUGCAAAACAUUCCCCCGCAUGGGUAUGGGGCGGGUAUGGGUUUGAGUAUUUGAAGAUGGGGAUGGGAUGGUUUAGGCAAACCCGCCCCAUUGCCAUCCCUAGUUGGAAACAUGAAUUAGCUUACCCAAAAGCGAGGAUGCCAAACCUUAGCUAGCUAGGAUGCUCAACUUCAUAUGCGUGGGUUGCAUUGCAUGCAACAUAUACAGACAGCUCACAAGUCACAAGAACACAUCGUAUCCGUUUGCAAGUGGCUAAGUCAUUCGACAACACGCAAAAUGUCGGCCAGCCUCAUAGAAGAUUUUUCAUAUCUAGAAAGUCGGCAUAUCUUGUACUUUAGUUGUCUGUGUUAUUGUUAACAGUAGGAUUUCGACCACUUUUCGCAGGUAAAAUGAUACACGUACUUAUAUUUGGCCAGCGAUAAAGUAACAAACUACAUGAGCUCCUCCAGCCACGAAAUCGUCGAUAACCUCUAUACAUGCAUGUACGAAGUAUACGUACAAUGCAUUUAUCAUAGACAAAGAGUUAGGGCGAAGGGAGCAUGCAUUCACCCAUUCAAGUUCGUUUCUGUUACGUUAAUUAGAGCUAGCAUAUAUGUAUAACGACGGCACGAUCGAAAAGAAAAGGGCUGAGUUGGGGACCUUGGAAUUAAGUAAAUGCAUGCAUCAAGUUUUAUAAGAUCGAUCGAGUUGGGGAAAUGGAGACAUCCAAAUGCCUAAUGGUUUCAUCACAAAUCACUAAUUGACAAAAUAUGUAUAUGCACAAGCAGACGACGACUAAUUGUUUAAUAUGUGUGGACAAUAUUGACUCCAUGCUCGAAAGAGCAGAGAGCCUAACCAUCCUUAUAUAAUCGCGAGUCUGGUUUAUAGUCGUGAUUGUUGUUCAGUAAUGUACUAUAUUCAAGCACGCAAUUUAGAUUGACUUUAUAGUCGUGAUUGUUGUUCAUUAAUGUACUUUAUUUUCAUUUUUUUAAUCCACGUUCGUUGGUGGGGUAAAUUAAUCGCCAACUCAACGUCUUCCUUAGUCCAGUCAUAUCAUCAGCUUACAGCGUUAACAAAAUGGAUGUAAUUUACUAUUUUGUGUUUCCGUAUAGUUAUAAUUAUAUUUGGUACAAACUGAAAAUUAUUACUAUACAAGUGUAUUAUGCCUUAAUUUUUCAUGGAAAAUGAAACGCAGGUUUCAGAUAGCAGCGAAGGUAGUUAGCCCAGCCCAAGUGGAGGGAAAAAUUUAAGGGACAACAGUUUUUCAAUUGGGCCUAUGAUAGUUUGGUGAGGUUUAGCUCACCUGCGCCAAAUGCCCCAGGCCCUCUCCACGUUCAUUUUCCAAAUUCAUGAUGGGUCGGGCGGGGCCCCUCGAAACCAGCUGUAGGCUGUAGCUCAGGAUCAGCCCCUGAUUAAAUACCACUAGAAGGAAGUAGUGUAUUUCUUCCACCACACACAUUUGAUAAGGACAUAAUAAGGUCAUAAGGAUAUAUGAUUUUGUUGCAUGUAAUUAGUUAUUAAUCAAGAUAAUUGAUCAUGCUAUGGUAACUAUUACCUGUAUAUUGAAGAUCGAUCUUUGACUCAUUUGCUUGUCUUUUUCCUAAUUUCAAGUGAACCCGUUCGGCAUAGGCCAAAUGCCUAAAUCAUGUUGGUUUAAAUAUAUAAUAAUGUAUUUUUCUAAAGAUCUUUAGCAAAUAGCAACAUUCAUACGUUGUUUGACUUUUUUUUCCCUCCUUGAUUAUAUCAUUAAUAUUAGAAAAUUAAUGAAAACGGGGUAAAUGAUAUUUCUAGUCCCUACUAGAUGUCAACAAAGACAUUUCUACGCUGUAAUUUUUAAUAUGUACCCGUUAUUUAUUAUUGGGUCAUCCAGACUUAUUAAACACUAUCGGGAUGG